UAUUGCUUUUCUCAGCGGGCUGGCGGUCCAGCACGCGAGCAGUCGGGGUGUGCUGAGGCUCGGCAAUGCACGACGACGAGAACGCCUCGUUUUAAGCCAGAACCGCCUCACCUCGCAUGGCUUACGGAGACCGGACAUGGAGAGAGUUUGGCGAGAGUUUGGCCAAAUUUUCCAAUUCGGGGUGUUUCAUUGGACAGGAUCAAGGUUUGAUCGCUUGUUGCAGGCGCAGCCAGUCGGAAAUUGCUUGCAUCGUGAGAUCAUCGCAGAUCUGCCACCGCAGCUCGUGUUCGGGGGGCAAAUCGAUGGAACCAGCGCUGGCGCGACCAUUCAAUAGGCUGCUGUGGUCUCCAAUUCUCCCAUCUAUUGCGAUCUGCCCCCCAGCAAGCCCACCAACGCCCCAGCAGCUUGGUCCGGUCGGCCGAAGGACAUUGCAUGGCCUUCCUGACUCGUGCUGCUUCCACAUUAUGGGCCCAGAAAACUCCAAUUAUUGGGCGUGGAUCAAAUUCUGCCAGGGAAGACAAGCUUUUACUUGAUUCUGGGGCAGUAACAGGAUCUCGAAACAGCUAAAUAGUAAGGAAGGCUUUGGCAGCAGAGAAAUUGUUCAUGAUUCAGGUUUUUCUACAGUUCAUCUU